CCUCACCUCACCUCGCAUCACCCUCACACGACUCACUUGAAUCCAUCCAUCCACCACUUCCCACCCAUUCCAAUCUUCUGCCUGCCUACCUUCUCCCUUCUUCCUUUCACACCAAUCCAUCCUACGGUCAAAAUGAGUGCAAUUGCCGACAGCAACGAUGGCCCUAUUGAGGUCAUCAAGGUCUUGUUCACCCUCUACCCGGGCUACAACACCCUCGACGUAGCUGGCCCUCUCGAGAUUCUGAGCCGCUCGCUUCACGAUGCAAAGGAUAAGUCCACCAAGGCUUUCGAGGUUCAGUUCGCUGGUCCCGGUGCUGCCAUGACCUCCGUCCAGGGUCUCACCAUCAAGGCUGACAUGGACUACGACGAUGCCAACGACGAGAUUGAGGACUUCGACGUCAUCAUCGUCCCUGGUGGUGACGGCGUCUUCGAGGUUCUCAAGAACAAGUCGGAGCCACUCAACCUCCUCACCAAGUACGUCGAGCUCCAGGAGAAGAACCCGGCCAAAGAGCGUACCAUCCUCGCCAUUGACGUGGGUUCCCUCUUGCUCGCCCAGCAGGGCAUGCUCGAAGGCCUUGCUGCUACCACUCACCCUGACUACUACACCCGCCUCGAGACCAUCUGUCAAGAAGCUUCCUCCCGCGAUCUCUCCAUGCGCACCGACGUCAUGGAGGAGCGCUAUGUGGUCAACAAUGCUCGCUUUGACCUGGGUGAAGACCCCAACAACAACCCCUACAUCGUCAAGAAGACCCGUGAUGGAAAAGAAGAGGGCGAGAACACCGCCGGUGCCCGCCGCAAGUCCCUUGCCCGCAAGGGCUCCAACGCCUGGAAGGAGUCUCGUCGCCGCGAGUCCAUCGCUCGGCGUGCAGCUCUGCCGCUCGGUGGUAUGCGUGUCAUCACCACGGGCGGCGUGACUGCCGGUCUCGACGCCAGCUUGUACCUGGUGGGCUCGCUGGUCUCCCACGAGUCGGCUCUGGAAGUCGCUCGCGUGAUGCAGUACACCUGGGUCAAGGGCGUGACCGUCGAUGCCAUUGACGUUUAAGCGAAUGCAUACAUGCUGCCUAUUGUCUUUCCACUCUGGAAAAAAGAUAGGGGCGAAUAAGGCGGCGUUCGAACGUGCACAACUUUGUGUCUUUUUCUUUGACAAGGUGGAGGAGGAUAUGAAAUCCCCUUGGAUUUGAUGAUGCAGCCUGAGAGCCAUCAUCGGGGAUAGGAAACGGAAUGUCGGGACCGAUCUGCUGGGAUCCUUCUUCGACUUGAAUGUGAGAUAACGAAU